AUGGGCCACUGUCACGAAACCGCCACCACCACUCAUGACCAGGGUCAGUCGCUGCCCAUCACUCUGUACGCCACGCCGAUAGGGACCCAGUCCAAGUUCCUCGGCGUCCGCAAGCCCUUCAAGCCGCUUGGACACUGGGCGAUCUGCAUCCAGGGCUACUGCUACGAGCUAACCAGGAAGGCGAAGAGUGCACCCAAGAAGGACCCCGCGUAUAGGGUGAAUUGCGAGCCCGAGGAGAGCUGGCUGGCCAGGAAGGUCGAGCAGCAGCGAGAGUGCGUACCGAGUCACGUAGGCUCGACCGCUGGGUACCUCUCGCCCGAGACCAUCUCUUAUAUCGGCGAGCUCAUCUGGGUCAGGGCGCUCCAGCAGAAAUACGUGUACGACGAGAACAACUGCCAGGUCUUCCUUCGUCUGCUGGUCGACCUCAUCGGGGACCACGCCACCCGGGUCGCGUUCCCAGCGUUCCUUGACCAAUUUGUCAAGUGGGCGGGCAUCGGCCGCGACGCUGCCUUUUACACGUUUGCCGCGGGUGCCUCGGUCUUUGCGGCCGGUGUGUCGCUCACGGUUGCCCCCGUCGAUACCUCGGGCUCAGCCGCCCUGGCGUUCGCCGCGUCCACGCAAAUGGUGCUACAGAACAGCACGGCUUUGCUGAACCUGCGGCACGGCAAGGAGAAAUUCAUCAAGAAGGCACAGGAGGAGAUUAGAACGGAGCUCGUGGAAGAUCACAUUCUGAGCGCCUGA